GAGAUCAGCGGCACUGGUUCUUGGCAACAACUGGUGUACUAUAUACAUGGAUGUGCAACCCGCAAGAACCAUGCGGAAUCUCCCAGAUACACUGUCAUCCCUCAUGGGGUUCAACAAGCACCUCACGCCUAGUUGGAUUGAAUCAGUGUCUCACAUCAUUGAUGGGUUGUCACCUACCAAGCCACAAAUGAAAGUAAUGGUUGAGAAGGAUGAAAAUAUCAGUGAUGACAAUACAGAAUCAGAGGCUAAAGUUCAAAAAAUUCAAGAUGAACUGGUUUCACUGAAUGCUCAACUAAAGCAGAUAACACUGCAGAGGAGAGAGGCACUAAAUAACUACUUGGAUUUGAAAGGAAAUAUAAGGGUGUUUUGCCGUAUAAGGCCUUUUCAUCAUGAAGAAAGUUACAGUUCAAGAAAUCUGUUCACUCUGGAUGAGAGCAAUGUUUUUCUGAAAGUUGCUGAAACCAAGAGAAAACAAUACAAGUUUGAUAAGGUUUUCGAUCAAUUCUCAACACAAGGUGAUGUAUUUUCCGAAGUUGAACCAGUGAUAAAAUCUGCUUUAGAUGGCUACAAUGUUUGCAUAUUUGCCUACGGUCAAACAGGUAGUGGAAAAACUUAUACAAUGGAAGGCAAGCCUACAAAUUUGGGUGUCAUACCACGUGGGAUUCAAACACUGUUCAACCAAGCUUCAGAAUGCAACAAUAGGUUUCUGUUCACUUUCAGUAUGCUUGAGAUAUAUAUGGGGAACAUACGAGAUCUACUAGCCCCAAGAAGCAAGACUAACGGGAUUAAGAAUGUACCAAGCCUCUCCAUUAAAUCAGACCCUGAUGGUGGCAUUGAGAUUGAAGAUCUGGUAGCAGUUACUGUGAAUAGUUUUCAAGAAGUGAAAAGAUUGUAUGAAAUGGGGACCCGUCUUAGAUCAACAGCUUCCACUAUGGCAAAUUCUACUUCAAGCAGAUCUCACUGUUUGAUUCGCAUCUCAUUGACUUCCUUGAAUGCAACUGAGAGAAGAAAAGCAACAAGUAAAUUGUGGAUGAUUGAUCUAGGUGGGAGUGAAAGACUUGUAAAGACAAAAGCAACUGGGAAAAGGCUCAAGGAAGGGAAAGCCAUAAAUUUGUCGUUGUCAGCCCUAGGCGAUGUGAUUGACGCACUACAGACUAAAAAACCCCAUGUCCCUUACAGAAAUAGUAAGCUUACACAAGUACUGAGAGAUUCUCUAGGAUGUGAAUCCAAAACAUUGAUGCUUGUCCAUAUCAGCCCAGAUGAGGGUGAUUUGUGUGAGACAAUUUGCACCUUGGGUUUUGCAACAAGAGUGAGAAGUAUUCGCCUGGAAAGUGAAGAACCACCAGAGAUGAAAGCAAGGAAGGAAACAUUAUUAAUAGAUUUAGGACAGAAGGUCAAUGAUUUGGAACAUGAAUGUGAAGAUAUUAGAAGAAAAAUUAAGAAUCUCGAGGAGAGUAUGGAGCAUUUGACAGGACCUCAGCCAACUAUUUACUCUAAUUUUGACAUGUCACAUCUAUCCAGUGAAGAACUGAAAACAGAUGUAUCAAGUAAUGUGAGGAAUUCAAAGAAUCGCAGAGAAGCCUCUUCCAGGUUACCAAGGUUCAUGAAGCCAACUGCUUCUAGCCAGCACAGGAUAGGCUUAAAUAAUCGCACUCCCAUUAUUAACAGGCUAAAACCACCAGUACCACCAAGGAGGCGGCCUUCCUCAGUUUAUGCUGAGUCUGUAAUGGUCCCAGUAAAUGCUGCCCCUUGGCAAUCAGAAUGCAGCUCCGAAUGCAGUAUGUCCUUAACAAGUGACAUGAAUUGGACACCAAGCAUACGAGAUGGAACUGAAUGUAGCCAGGAUGCAUCAGAAUACGAGAUUAAACAGGUGAUUUUCUCAGAACAUGAGAAAUCAUCGCAUGAUCAAGUGACCUGCUACACAGAUUAUCCACUUGCAGAAUCUAGAGAUAUACAGAUUAAAAUCGAAGAGAAGGGAAUUGUAGACAUUGACAAUUGGCUCCACCAACAAAUCGUUGAGAAGACUAGCACAUUUCGAAGCAAAAUGGUGCUUGAUAUUCCCGGAGUAACUGAAGCUGAAAUCCAUGUUUCUAGUAUUCCUUCACCAACUACUAUGGCAUGCACUAAAGAAGAUAGCCAGGUAAAGGAUGAAGUAAUGGGCCUAACCCUUCAAUCCUCAACAGACUAUGUCGAGGAUAUAAAGCAAAGCAAGACUGAUAAUCAAUUCACAGCAAAAGAAUUAUGCACUCCACCAUUUAAAGAAUUUAGCAGCAACAAUGAAGUGAAGGGACAUAAAAACGAACAUCCUGUGUACCAUGGGAGACCCAGAAGGUCACUACAGGAAGAACUGGAAAAUUGCACGCUAGAGAAGCCAAACAUGGACUCAAAAUCUCACAGGUCACAUGAUGAUAAACACAAAACAGGGAAGUUCACAAAGUUCUUUCAAGCUCUUCAAACAGCAUGGAUUGGUGCUCUUCUAGCACUGGGAACUGUAAGCAUUGGAUUAGAGCAUGGCUUCUUUCAGAGUUUGACACUCUAAAGUACCUAGAAUCUCAUCACUUUGAGAUAUAGUAUUGAAUUUUAAGAGAAACUACUACAGGAAGUAAUGCUCUCGGUGUAUAUUGUACCACGAGCACACAAUGAAAUAUGUCCAGCCAGUACCACAAUUGCAGGUGAACUGUUGAUUGAUGCUAAAAGAGCUCCUUUGAUUUCUGAUGAAUUCUUUCAGAAAGCCAAAAAAAUUGGGGUAUUUGAGUAAGAAUGAAGGAAUGAUCAUACAAGAAAAUUGGCAUCAUUCAAUCAUA